AUGUCUCUGAAGUCGGGCUACCUUGUGGCGUAUAAUGCCGUCUCGGCGGCGCUGUGGGCAGCGGUGCUGGCGCGCGUCGUGACGCUGGCGACGCAGGUGGGCGUGCGGAAUGUGUUUGAUGGCGCGGACGAGCUUGUGCGAUUGGUGCAGACGGGCGCACUGUUGGAGGUUGUUCACAGUGCAGUUGGCCUCGUGCGCGCCCCCCUCCUCACAACCGCCAUGCAAGUCGCCAGCCGCCUCCUCCUCGUCUGGGGCAUCAGCUACAACUACCCACAGAGCACGCGCAGCUCGCCCGCCUUCGCAGGCAUGCUGAUCGCCUGGUCCGUGACCGAAGUCAUCCGCUACAGCUAUUUCGUCUUCGCGCUGCGCGGCCGCGUCCCUGGCCCCCUCGCCUGGCUGCGCUACAACACCUUCUUCAUCCUCUACCCGCUCGGCAUCUCUUGCGAGUGCUGGCUCGUCUUCCGCGCCAUCGAGCCCGCCCAGAAGCAAAACCCCCUCAUCGCAUAUGCCCUCUGGGCUAUUCUGGCUGUCUACGUCCCUGGCUCGUAUGUCCUGUUCACGCAUAUGAUGGCGCAGCGCAGGCGCAUCAUGCGCGGCAAGAAGAGGGCGGAUUAA